AUGGCACGGGCAACCACGGCAGCUGUAUCAUCACCACAUGCCACCAGCUACCGGUGGUGCUGUGUGGAGCAGGUAGACCAGGCCGCUUUUGUGGCAGGUAGGAGCAACGGGUGGCGGUACAUGGGGCCUGGAGGGAUCACCUAUAGGCGCCAGGCCGUCUUCGGCACGGGGAUUAGGGUUCGUAUCUCCUUCCCUUCCUCGCCGGGGAAAACCAUCGAUUUAGUAAAUCAGUAA